UCAGGGGAAUUGCCAAGACCUGUUUCAUGCAUGUCCACUGGCGGCAGGUUCAACUUUGACGAUGGGGGGUCAUACUGCGGAGGGUGGGAGGAGGGCAAGGCGCACGGCCACGGGAUCUGCACGGGACCCAAGGGCCAGGGCGAGUACUGCGGUUCCUGGGCCCACGGCUUCGAGCUGCUGGGCGUCUACACUUGGCCCAGCGGGAACACCUACCAGGGCACCUGGGCACAGGGCAAGAGACACGGCGUGGGUGUCGAGAAUAAGGGCCGCUGGGUGUACAAGGGGGAGUGGACGCACGGCUUUAAGGGACGCUACGGCUUGCGGGAGAGCACGGGGACGAGCGGGAAGUACGAGGGGACUUGGAACAACGGGCUGCAGGACGGAUACGGAACCGAGACGUACUCCGAUGGAGGAACAUUUCAAGGCCAGUGGGUUGGCGGGAUGCGGCACGGCUAUGGAGUUCGCCAGAGUGUCCCAUACGGCAUGGCGGCCGUCAUCCGCUCCCCGCUCCGUACCUCCAUAAACUCUCUCCGCUCCGGUUCGGAGCACAGCAAUGGUACAGCUCUGCUGGACCGGACCGGGGCGGUGGUUCCUGGUCCUCCUGCGGUUCCUGGCACUUUGACCACCAGCGUCUCCAUGUGCAGCACGGGCAGCAGCGGCAGCAGCCCCGCUGUGUCUCGUGGAGGCUUCGUGCUGACGGCACACAGCGAGGCUGAGCUGCUGAAGGGGAAGAGGAAAGGCGGGCUGUUCCGGAGGUCCAUCUUGUCUGGGCUCAAGCUGAGGAAGUCCGAGUCCAGGAGCUCCCUGGCCUCCCAGAGGUCUAAACAGAGCUCGUUCAGGAGCGAGGCUGGGAUGAGUACUGUGUCCUCUGCUGCAUCUGAUAUCAACUCCACUAUCAGUCUCGGAGAUGCAGACGCAGAGUUGGCCGUCGCUGACGACGAUGUGGACGCCACGGCAACGGAGACCUACUGCGGGGAGUGGAAGAAUGACAAGCGGACGGGAUUCGGUGUGAGUCGGCGGUCCGACGGGCUACAGUACGAGGGGGAGUGGCUUAGCAACAAACGCCACGGCUACGGCUGCACCACGUUUCCUGAUGGCACAAAAGAGGAAGGGAAGUACAAACAGAACAUCCUGGUGAGCGGCAAAAGGAAGAACCUGAUUCCCCUCCGGGCCAGUAAGAUCAGAGAGAAGGUGGACCGAGCCGUGGAAGGAGCGCAGAAAGCGGCCGACAUCGCCCGGCAGAAGGCUGAGAUCGCUCUGUCCAGGACGGCUCAUGCGCAGGGUAAAGCAGAGGCAGCAGUAGGAGCAGCUCAGAAAGCCCAGGAGGAGAGUCGCAUGGCGAGGGUCACCGCCAAGCAGUUCUCCCCUUCCUUCCAGCACCCAGGAAACGGCAUGGAGGUGCAGCGUCCCAAACGCCAGGUGUCCAGCGAGGUGGAGGGUGAGGGGUUGUCGAGUAGCGCCGGCACCGCCGACAGCCCCGACCUCUAUGUAAAGAGCACGGGCUCCGACGACCCCUCCAACGACGCCGCCACCCCUGACCUCAGCCCCCCUUCUUCCUCACCGCCCCACACCCCGCCUCCCCCCGCCCGGCCGUCCCAGCGCACCAAAAGUGCCCGCUUCCACCGGCAGAGCGCCGUGGACCACGGGGACAAGACGAAGGACGGAGGAGAAAAGGGUGAGAAAGGUGGGGGAGGAGGGCAGACGGAGAUCCAGGUGUUGAUGGAGGGAGGAAGCGGGGGAGGUGAAGACGGCGGAGGAGGAGGGAAGGGGGAGUACCCACGGGCCAACAGCUGGAGCGAGGACAAGAGGAGAGGGGUGUUGUCAAAAGGAGGAGUUGGGCUCAGCGGACGAGGAGCGAGCCGGACCAACGGACACAAACACAGCUCCUCCAAUCACAAGUCCCGGGAGCAUGGAUCAUCCAAUCACAGACAGACCAGAGGAGACAGGUGGACGGAGUCGUCCUCGUCUGCCUCUUGGACGUCGGGGCACAGGGGCGUGCACGGUAGGGGAGGCCGGCUACUGGAGCAGGAUGAGGAGAAAAUGAGCAAUUAUGAGAUGGAGAUGAAGCCUUUACAGCCCAGAGACUCCACUACCCACAAGCCCCAUGGGCACGGGGAGGAGAGGCCCGGGCACAGUCAAUCUCACGGAGAGGGGCGCUCGCACACUGUGCAACGACAGAGGCAUAAGAACCGUGAGGGGAGGGAGGGGGGUAAAGACUCAGCGCACAAGCUGGACAGACCGGGGGAAAAGAUGGAUUCACGGCCUCUACGUCGGGACCUCACCCUCUCCCCCCCUCUGAAGUCCUCCCCCAUCACACCGGAUCAGCAGGACCACAGCCUCAUGCUGAGCAAAGGCAGCUCGGCCUACAGCUCUAUCCUGGUUGUCAUGGUGAUUCUGCUCAACAUUGGAGUGGCUAUUUUGUUUAUCCACUUUUUUAUUUAAAGACAGCACCGCUUUCAGAGUCAGCCUAUCUAUGCUACAACAACUAUAAAUUCAUAUUAGUAUUACGUCGAAUCUGCUGCCCCUUCGUGUCCCUGGCGAGAGGACUGCAACCGGCCGAGGAGGACUCCACCAAUAUUUGAACUAAAGGUUGCUAACCCGGGCCAACCUCGGCUAAGCUUGGUGUGUGCGUAGCCCAAAGAAGUGGACGAAAGAGGGGUGAACCAGUCUGGCUAUCUGGACUACAGGGAGGUAAUGUAGUCCAGAAACUGGACUUAAGUGAGCUUCGGUAGCUCACAUAUAGACUCAAAUGGGCUGAACCGGUCUGAUCCCCAGGCCACGAGAGCUACAGCUGGCAUUACAGCCAGAUGUCUGCUUCCACUGUCCGCAGACAGGACUGACGAGACAGACUUUUUCAUCUUCAAAUCAUAGUUUUCAACAGAUUUGUAACUUAUAAUUUAUUUAUUAACAUUUUCUCUCAUGUACAAUAUGUUGAUGGAUAUAUUCUUUAUUUUGUAACCCUCCAGCCCUCUUUAUAUAACUCCUGCCUUUUGGUUCCUCCGCCUGCCCAGGUGUUGUUACUGAUGGUUCAAGGUGUGUGUUCACGUGCGUGGGUGCGUGCGUGCGUGUUUGUGUGUGUGUGUGUGUGUAAGACUCAGGAGCUGGCGAGUAUGUGCUGCCUCGAUACAUGGUUGAUGACUCCCUGUCCACACACGUGCUCAUUGCUUUUACCCCCGUCCCUCUCAUUCAUCCGUCCCCGCUCUGAUGUCUGUCUCCUCUCUGUCUUCAUCUCAUGCUGGGAGUGACAAUGUUUGUGUGUGUGUGUUUAUGUGCAUCUCUGCAUACUGGUUAUGUAUGUUUGCAAUGUACAUGUGUUUAGCCCUCUGAGACCCACAUAGACACGUUGUCAUUUUUAGGUUGGUACAGGGGGUCUUGAGGGGGAGAUAGCAGGUCAACAGUAGAUGUCACAUAGAAGUGGUUGAAGCUGGGAACCUGAGGAUUAAUUUGAGAGACAGCUCAGCACUGUGUGUCAAGUAGUUUUUGUCAUAAAUCA